ACAUCUUACAAAUAUUCUACAAAACAAGUGCAAGAAACAAGAGAAAACACAUGAGACGGCAGAUACAAAGAAAUUCACUUCGAUUUCUACAAAGCACAAACUUUAUAUAUAUACACAAACAUCAAAAACAGUUUGUGUAUCUCUGAGAAUACGAAAGGAAGAAAAAGGAUUUGUGAUAAUGGCAGAAAAGGAAGGAGGAGUUGUAAAGAAGGGACACGAGGAGGGUCUGAAACUUGCUGUUUCACUGCUGCAAGAGUUCGAGCUUCCAGAGGGGCUUCUGCCUCUGGAAGAUGUUAUCGAAGUAGGACAUGUGAAGGGCACGGGAUACAUGUGGAUCGUGCAGAAGAAGAAGGUUGAACACGAGUUCAAGAAGAUAAAGAAGUUGGUGAGCUAUGACAGUGAGAUAACAGGAUACGUUUCGAAGAAGAAGAUAAAGAAGCUGAAGGGUGUAAAAGCGAAAGAGCUUAUGCUAUGGCCUCCUGUGAGUGAGAUCACAGUGGAUGACCCUCCGACAGGGAAGAUCCACUUCAAGAGUCUUGCUGGUAUCACCAAGACUUUUCCUGUUGAAGCUUUUGCCGCUGGCCAGUGACAUCCAUCUCCAUAUCUAUUGCUUUCCAUCCGACCAUCCAAUAACAAAUAAUACCUUCCUUUCUCUAUCUAUACUAUCUUGCAUGUAACAUGUGUCAAGCUCAUACUCAUAUCUAUCAUCUUUUUCUUCAUCAAUAUUUUCAAGCUUUUCAUCAUAAAUAAUUCAUAGGACCUCAUCAACUUUUGCUAAAUGCUACUCCAUAUCCGUACUCUUGCUAUAAAGGACUCUUUUAUUUA